CUUGGACUGCUCGUGGAGCUGCUUGGAGCUUGGAGCAGCGCUCGCACCUCGCGCCCGCGCCGCGCGCAGUCCUAGCUGCGACUCCGAUCGUACCGAAUGUCACGAAUGUUACGUUGAGCGUUUCACACUGGCGGACUAACUGUAGAGCGGUAGAAAGGCUUUUGCCAAAAUUGAGCGGCUGAGCCGUCGUUUCCGAUCGAUAUCGAGUAUCGUGCGUUCACAUUCGCGCGCAGCGAAAAUCAUCGAGUGAGAAAAUCGUCUCAAUCGACCGUCUCGCACGUUGCGCGCCGCAUUGUGUCACGACGUAUACGCGAGUCAUCGCGAAACGAGAAGGACGGACGAUUCGAAAGAGAGAGAGAGAGAGGAGAGGGAGGAAAGCAAAGGGCGUGAGAGAGCGACGGAGAUCGAAGGAGUGACCGCGCGCUCGCCGGGUGCCGCAGCCGCAGCCGCAGCGGAGAAAGGAAAGGCGGAAGGAUUAUAUAUUCGGGCGCAACAUGGCCACCGCGAUCGACGACCGGCAGGAGCUGUUGGAGCAAUUCCAAGCGAUUGAUGCGAACGGAGAUGGCUUCAUCAACGUUACCGAAUUGCGAAACGCUUUGGACGUUUGCGGUUUCAAAAUGCCGGGCUACAAAGUGCGCCAGAUGAUCGAGGAGUAUGACGAUAAACAGCGGCUGGAGCACAAAGGUCGGCUUUCCUUCGAAGAGUUCGAGAAGCUCUGCAAGGAACUCAAGGCCAACGAACUGGGCUCCACGUUCAAGCAAGUUGUGUCGAAGAAAGAGAACCUUGAGACCCUGGGUGGAAUUUCCGAGGCGUCCAGCGAAGGAACCACGCAUUCUGUCAGACUCGAGGAACAACUGGCGUUCAGCGAUUGGAUAAAUACUAAUCUGUUACACGAUCCCGACUUGAAGCACCUGCUGCCCAUCGAUCCCGAGGGAAAGACGCUCUACGACAAGGUCAAAGACGGAAUAUUGCUCUGUAAAAUAAUUAAUCACUCUUGCCCGGACACCAUUGACGAGCGCACGAUCAACAAAAAGAACUUGAUGCUAUACAAGAAGCAUGAAAACUUGACGUUGGCUCUCUCCUCGGCCCAAGCUAUUGGUUGCAACAUCAUAAACAUCGACGCCCACGACCUCACUAAAGGUUCGCCCCAUUUGGUGUUGGGUCUGCUCUGGCAGAUCAUACGAAUUGGCUUGUUUAACCAGAUCACUCUCGAGAAUUGUCCCGGCCUAGCCACUCUUUUACAAGACGGUGAACGAAUCGAAGAUCUGUUGAAGCUAUCGCCAGAAUCCAUACUUCUCAGAUGGGUGAACCAUCACUUGGAGAAUGCCGGCAUCGCCAGACGAUGCAACAACUUCCAGUCCGACAUUACGGAUUCUGAGAUUUACACUUAUCUCAUUAAACAAAUCGCACCCAAUACAGCUGGCGUCACCUUGGAAGCCUUGAUGGAACCGAACCACAUGUCUAGGGCGGAGAUUAUGCUUCAGCAGGCCGCGAAACUAGGCUGUCGCAGUUUUGUGACGCCGAGCGACGUUGUGAACGGUAUUUACAAACUCAACUUGGCCUUUGUCGCCAAUAUGUUUAACAAUUACCCCGGAUUAGACAAGCCGGAAAGCAAUAUUGAAGGUUUGGAGUCUCUAGAGGAGACUCGAGAAGAAAAAACCUACAGAAACUGGAUGAAUUCGAUGGGCGUGUCACCGCACGUCAACUGGCUCUAUUCAGAUCUUGCUGAUGGUCUGGUCAUCUUUCAAUUGUACGAUAUCAUUAAGCCAGGCACGGUAAAUUGGAACAAAGUGCACAAGAAGUUUACAAAACUUCGAAAAUUUAUGGAAAAGCUAGAGAACUGCAAUUAUGCCGUUGAACUAGGCAAGCAGAUGAAUUUCUCGCUCGUGGGUAUCGCUGGACAGGAUCUCAACGAUGGAAAUGCGACUUUAACGUUAGCCCUUAUAUGGCAAUUAAUGAGAUCAUACACGUUGUCAAUUCUGACGUCUCUGGCUGGUACUCAGGGAAGUACCCUCGUGGAGAAAGAAAUUGUCCAAUGGGUGAAUUCGAAACUCCAGGCAGCUGGAAAGACCAGCAGUAUCAAAGGUUUCCAAGAUUACUCUAUAUCGGACGGUAAAGUCGUUCUCGAUCUCAUCGAUACCAUCAAACCCGGCUGCGUUAACUAUGAUCUUGUUAAAGAAGGCGGAACUGAAAAUGAAAAUCUGGACAACGCAAAGUACGCGAUAUCCUUAGCGCGAAAAUGCGGUGCACGCGUCUAUGCAUUGCCAGAGGACAUCACAGAGGUGAAACCGAAAAUGGUGAUGACGGUAUUCGCUUGCCUGAUGGCGAUGGACUACAUCCCGAACAUGGAUUCCGUGAAAAAUCAACAAAACAACGUAAACAAUGGUCAAUAGUUGGGGUCAAUCCGUCAUCGCGUUGUUUCACCUAAUACGUGCCGUUUAUCUUUUGUAUACAAGAACUCUUCGGUCGGAUCGCACCGCCUCACGCUUCUUUCACGAGCGUAAUAUUUGUAUAUACAUAGGUUAAGUUAACUUGUUUUUCAAGAGAGUAUUAGGAAUUAUUACUACUAGGAAGAACUCCUCGUAAGACGAGAAGGGGAACUCCUUAGAACCCUGACGAGAUAUCAUUUGAUCCGUCUUUGUUUGUCGAACGAAAAAUAUCGCGUGUGAAACAUACAAGGAAUGCCCAAAAUUAUGUUUGCAAUAUUACUAUAAAGUCUGGAUAUUUUUUUAUUAAAGUAUAUGAAUGUGUCCAUAUAGUCAAUUAUCUGUGUAUAAGAUAUAAGUCGCUCAAAAAUCGAUAAAAUACUAUUUAUUCUAAAUACUUUUGUAUCACAUGCGACUGAUUAUUGUGUCUUACUGUGCAAAGUGGAAUUCUCCUUCUCAAUUGUUUUGCAAUCAUAUCAUUUAUUUCCACAUUAUACAUACAUAUACCAUGUCAGGUUUGUAUAAAUCGAUUUUAUUAAUACUCGCGUAAAAAGCGAGCACAUAGAAAACACGCUAGAAACCAUCGAGAAAUAUAUUCAAAGUACAUAUUCACAUAUUCUGAACAUACAGGGUAUUUCAACAUUAUUUAUAACGAUAGUCUUAAAAAAAAUUUUAAUUUUGAGUCUGCUAACAGAAUUAUUGAUUAUUGUUUUUGAAUUUUCAAAAGAAAGAGUGAUUUUUCAUUUGUUGAGAAAUAAAGUUAAAGUUUUGUAACACAUACCCCCCCCCCCCACAAACACACAAACACACAUACACGCACGCAUCCUGCUCUCUAAAUCUGAAUCAGUGCAAUCUUACUGAUUUGCAGUGCUAUAUUUAUGACUGUGAUUCUCAGUGACGAUUCACUGUUUCUCAGUAAUUCCGUUUAAAAGGGAUACUCUCAUUGAUUGGAAUCAGUGUAUUGUCAUUGAAAGACAGUGCGUAAAUCACUGAUUGAUAUAGUUACAAGUAUAUCACUGAAAUCAGAUUAUUCACUAUCUUUCAGUGAAUAAUACACUGAUCCUAAUUUAGAGAGUGUAUACAUUUUAAGAUAAAUCAUCUUGUCUUGCACGAGCUACAUAGAACAAUAAUUUAAUAAAAAUUAUACAGUACAGUCGUAAAUAUAUAUUUAACACGAAAUACACAUACGUAUUUGAUGAUCUACAUGUAGAUAUAAGAUAUUUGUGAUCUAUUUAAACGGUUAUUUUACGUACUCUCAAUGAUUCAGUGUCCAUCAAAGGAUUAUGACGGUCUAAAGUUUUCUGGUUGACUAUUUUUCUGUUAUAUUGUAACAUUGCAUAAAUGAAUUUUAUAUGCAGCUUGAUUUACGAUGACUGUACAAACUAUAUAUUCUAUAUUUCUUUAUAUUUGUAAUAAUCAAAAAUAUCGACGACUUUUUUAUAUAUUUUGUCUGGCUCUAAACAAGAAUUAAUUCCUAAAAUAGGAAGAAGGAGGUCUUUUUAUAUUUCACUCAUGAAAUCUGCUUCCUCACUAGCGCGGCAAUAGCUUCUGUGUCAUUAAAGUAUUCGAUAUAAUGUAUACUCGAAAAGUAUCAGACGAUGAUUGAUCGUGUGCUCUGUAAAUGGACGAUAAUGGAUAAUAAUUAUUAUAUUGACGCACAAAAAUAAUUAUAAUCGUGCCAUUAUAAGUAUCGUGCAGUCUAAAACAUGAUUCAAUAUUUACAAUAUAUUUAUUAUUGAUUCGAGUCAAAGCGUACUUAUGAAUCUAAAGAUGGAUACUAAAACUGUAUUCGCGAUUGCUCUCUGCGAAUGAAAGAGUUAAAAACGCAGGUUUUUUUUAUAUCUUGCGUUUGUUUGCAACGUGUUUCGCGCAUGUAGCAUAUGUAUAUAGAUUGGAUUAAUAGUUUUUAGAAAAUAAAUGUUUCCUUUACACAAAGGCUUAAUCGCAAGAUGAACCGAAGCAACUAAAAUUUUUUUUAUAUUUUAAGACAAACUUUAUUGUAUUGCGUGUAAUUAACUUUUUUGCGCUAAAUUUUAAAAAUUGUUGCAAGUGAAUAUUUAGAUGAGAUUUAUUAAAAAUUUGGCAUGCUUCUGCAUUUAAUGUAAUUAUGUAACAGUUAUGUUGAACAAUUAUCGACAGUAAAUUAAGUGCAAUGCAUUUUAUCACGAUUUGGAUAGCUAUAUUACUCUAUUAUUUUUCCACAUUUGUUUUAUUAGAUAUUAAAUUCAUUGUCUUAAGGUAUCAAUAUCAAAGUUGAUUGACUGAUUAUAACACAUUCAUAUAAUGUAUACGGAAAAAAUUAGCGAAAUUUCAGCCAAAAAGGACUGAAAUUAAAAAAUAAAAUUUAAAUGAUGCAGAUUUAAAAUAUUUAUUGUAAACCAGUCUGCGAUCAAUCACACGAUCGAAACGAUUGAAACAUUCUCGAGGGCCAUUUGCAAUUCGACUAAUUAGAAUUAAGUAUCGCAAUCAUUGUAUAACUCAAUUUAUACGUAUACAUUUCAUAUAUAGACACAUACGCGCGUAUACACACAUAUACACGCAUAUUCCACAUUGUGUGUCUACGUGGACAUGCGUCCAUCAUUCUAGUUAUAAUUUAAUGUAUACGUAAUUUAAAUAAAAGGAAUUUACUAUGUA